AUGAAGGAACACGCAGAGCUUUUGAGUUCGGUCAGGGAUGAUAUUACUGACUUUAAGACAUCGGGCAGUAUGUCACCAAGGAUGCAGUUGCUACGGGAGAGGGCUGCCAUCCAUGGAAAUAUAUCUCAUAUAGAUGAUGUCAUUAGUCAAGCUCAAGCAACAAGAGCUGUGUUGGGUUCUCAGAGAACCUUGUUUACUGAUGUUCAAGGAAAAGUGAAAGGUCUUGGUGACAAGUUCCCCAUGAUUCGUAGCCUUCUUGGUUCGAUAAGAAGGCGGCGCUCAAGGGAUACUCUUAUUCUGUCGGCAGUAAUUGCUGCUUGUACGUUGUUUCUCAUCAUUUAUUGGCUCUCAAAGUAA